GCGUCCUCCUCUCCCGCAGGGAAAACUACCAGUGCCAAGCUACCAGCCGGGAAGCUGCAAGCUAACCGCUCGGGAAGUCGUCGUGACGAGGUGCUCCGAUUUUGACUUGCUACCGGAAUCCAGCAGGCUCGCUGCAAGCAAACCACCCCCUCUUCCUCUUCUCGUCGGCCGCCGCCGCCGCCGCCCGCGUGGCCUGUUGCUGCUGUCGCCGAUGAGAUCCGUCCACGCAUCUCUUAGAUCCGAAUUGCUGUAGAGGUGGGCUCCCCGUAGCGGCGUCAGCUUUUAUGGGGGACUGCGUCGUCGAGAAUGGCCACCCCGCCCCGAAGGAGGAGGACGCGCCGGCGGUAGCCGUGGAGCUCCCGGAGGGCGCCGGGAAGCCGCAGGAGGAGGGGGGUAGAGGGCAGAGGAAACAGGGUGGGAUCCGCAGGGAGCCGUCGUUCUCGCGGUGGUGCAAGGACCCCUCCGCGAUGCCCAAUGCCCCCCUUGGGGGCGCCUCCCCUGCGCCAGCGGCCAGCGACGAUGACUCUGAGGAGUUCGAGCUUCCGCUCCUGCCCUCCGAUGGUGGUGAUGGCGGCGGCAGCAGCCACUUGCCGAUGGAUAUUGAGGCGGGAGAAGCAGCGAGAUCUGACGAUCUCCCGAUUUCACCGUGGUUGAUCGCGAAGGUUAUUGCGCUGAUAGCGAGUUGGUACACGCUGAGCACCUGCUUGACGCUGUAUAACAAGGAGAUGCUGGGGAAGCACAUGUGGAAGUUCCCAGCGCCAUUCCUGAUGAACACAGUGCAUUUCACAAUGCAGGCUGUGGCAUCGAAGGCCAUAGUUUGGUUCCAGCACCGGGGCCUGGAGGGAGGGACUAGUGCAAUGACAUGGAGAGAUUACUUUCUGCGAGUUGUUCCAACAGCUUUGGCUACUGCACUUGACAUAAAUUUGAGCAACAUUUCACUUGUUUUCAUCACUGUGACAUUUGCUACAAUGUGUAAAUCUGCUGCUCCAAUUUUCAUUCUUCUGUUUGCUUUUCUGUUUAGGCUAGAGAAGCCCAGCUUUAACCUUCUUGGGAUCAUGUUGAUCGUUUCCUUUGGAGUUCUACUAACAGUUGCUAAAGAGACCGAAUUCAGUCUUUGGGGAUUUAUAUUUAUUAUGCUUGCCGCUGUUAUGUCUGGUUUCCGCUGGUGCAUGACACAGAUUCUCCUCCAGAAAGAGGAAUAUGGAUUAAGAAAUCCCUUCACUUUAAUGAGUUAUGUUACCCCGGUUAUGGCAAUAACAACUGCAAUUCUUUCUAUUGUGAUGGAUCCAUGGCACGACGUCAGGGCAAGUAACUUUUUUGACAAUUCAACUCACAUAAUAAAGAGCAGCUUAUUGAUGCUUCUUGGUGGUGCUUUGGCCUUUUUCAUGGUUUUGACUGAAUAUGUUCUGAUUUCUGUAACAAGUGCUGUAACAGUGACCGUAGCUGGGAUUGUGAAGGAAGCUGUUACUAUUUUGGUUGCUGUGCUUUUCUUCAACGAUCCAUUUACCUGGUUAAAGGGGCUUGGGCUGGCAAUAAUAAUAUUUGGUGUCAGUCUAUUCAACUUAUACAAGUACCAUAGGUUCAAGAAAGGCCCUCGUAGUAAGAAUUGUGAUAACAAUUCCCAAACUUAUAGCGGUGCUUCAAAAUAUGUCAUACUCGAUGAAGAUGAUAUGGAAAACCUAGGCAAUUCAGGCUGAUAUUACCAGGCUGAGAGCGGACCAUUGACGAAUUCUCAUGUUCUGGAAAGUACUUAUCUAUACCUCUGCACAGGUGACUAGUUACUACCACUGCCUCGGUAUCACAUGACACUGUUUUUCUGACCAUUUGUGUGCUUCCACGGCUCUGGGAGGUUAUGUUAUUCAUGAGCAUGACACGAAGCAUAUCAUUGAUUAAGAAGACACAUUUACACAAGCAGCAGGCAAUCUCCUAGCAAAAAAAAAAAAACAAGAAGAGGAGAAAAAAGUCCAAAUAGCUGCAUCUGCAUCAAAACUGUGCAGAAAUAGUUUUGUUAUACUGGAUAAUACUUUACCUCCUAUUACGAAUUCUCUAAUGCCUUCUUUUAUUGAAGAGUAGAGAGCUCAAUUUUGGUCAGCAUUGGCUCGUGCGCGGAAGAAUAGCACUGGGACCAACAGCCUUUUUUGGUAGAAAAAUACAUUGUUUAUAUGUACCAUUGUUGUAAUUUAUCAUUCCCCUUGCCUUUGUAGCUAAUUAACUACAUGGCAAUGUGUAAAUAUUACAUGAUAUAGUUACUCUCCCAUUA